AUGACCACAUUAUACGAUCCCCCUGCUGCUACUCACAAUCACCACAGCAACGACACUUAUUAUACAUCAGAGUCAGAGCAAGAGGAAGACUACGAGAUUACAGAAUUUGACCUGGAUGUUGUGGACGACGCCCUGCUCAAUCCAACAAGCUCAGAGUACAUGGACCAUUUUGGAUUCAAAAUUCAAGUGAGAACCGAUGACGAGUCUUCUAGUGAUGAUGAUUCUGAUUUCGAUGCAUCAGAUAACGAACAACCACCCCAGCCGCUCACAAAACCUCACCCUUCUUCGUCUACAACAACGGCUACAGCAACAAGCGAUGAUGACUCGAUCGAUACCAAUCUCACCACACCACAUCCACACACGCACAAUCCUCCUGACAAUCAAAAGUGGCUGUCUGACGACACUACAGGUCUAGGCAAGUCUAACUAUCAGAUCUCGCCUAUGCCAACAGAUGCCACCAGCAGCAACAUUGAUCGCAACAUGGCGGAUGAUAAUAACGCAACAUUGGGCAAUCGAGUGCCUAUUUUGAAAUCUCCACCUACCCCCAAAGCUGACUCCUUACGAAACAAAAGCAUACAGGACGAUGCAGCUCCAUCAGACGCUAGUCGAUCCUCCAGAGAUACCCAACGUAGUAGCACUAGUCGCCACAGUAUUCUCUCUACGUUUAAUAACCCCUUCAAAGCAAGACCAUCUUCAAUUACAUCCAUUCAGUCUCCGGCGAUACUACCCAGACCCUCACAAUCAUUCCAGCAAAGACAAAGCAAGCGAUACUCUGAAGCUGUGCCUCUAGGUAUGAUGGGGACGCCCAGAUCACCUGCCAGCAACCACCGACAUUUCGACAAGUUGGUGUCCAAGUUUAGACGCUUUUCUCAUAAUGACCACAAGUAUGAUUCCGAAAAGCACAUUAUUCUCAAACAAGAAGCGCUGGCGGAACUGAACCACUAUAGAGAAAAGGGCGGCAUCGAGAAUAAUAGCAUUGAUUGGGACUUUUGGGAGCUGGUGAUUGACAAUUUUGGGGGAGUUAUCGACACACAGAUGGAUGACAUGAGACAGCAUCUGUCAAAAGGUGGCAUUCCAUCUCCUAUCCGAGGUUUGCUUUGGCAAAUCAUCUCCAAAUCUCGGGACAGUUUUGACAUGGAAAUCGAGUACAAGGAGAUAUUGAAGAAAUCAGUCAGUCCAUUUGAGAAGCAAAUCCAGAGAGACUUGACCAGAACAUUCCCCAAUCACCCCUACUUUAUGCAAGAGUCAGGCAGACAAGCGCUCUUUAAUGUGGCAAAAGCAUACAGCAUAUUUGAUCAAGAAGUGGGGUACUGUCAAGGCCUGGCAUUUAUCAUUGGGUGUCUUUUGCUGCAUAUGUCUGAGGAAUCCGCAUUUUGCGUGCUCAUCAAACUCAUGGGAAAAUACGGUCUGAGAGGACAUUUCACACCUCGCAUGGAAGUGUUGCAUCAGCACAUGUAUCAGUUUGACAAUGUCUUCCAGCAAAAGUUGCCUGUGAUCCAUCGCCACAUGGAAAAUGAAGGUGUCACGCCAUCCAUGUAUGCGUCUCAGUGGUUCAUCACGCUGUUUGCCUACCGAUGUCCUAUCGAAUUAGCGUUUAGAGUCAUUGAUCUGCUGCUAGUGGAAGGAACACACAUCCUGGUACAGAUUGCGCUGGCCAUCAUUAUCCGCAAUCAAGAGAAAAUCCUCAAGCUCAAGUUUGAAUCCUUGGUGGAGUUUCUGUGCAAUGGCGUGUUUGCCGUGUUUGAUGGCGAUGGCAAUGGAUUUGUGGAAGACACAUACCGCGUGGAUCUACCCGCAAGAUUCAUGGCACGGCUUGCUCAGCAGUACACUGGUGAAGAAGCGAGAGAAUCAAAGUCGAUAUCACAAGAGGACAAUUUGAGACGCAUCAACGGUCAAUUGUCAGAGCACAUUCGCGCGGUCGAGGGUUCACUGCAGGCGCUUCGUGUAGAGAAUCAAGACAUCACCAAGCAAAUCAUUGACAGCAAGAUGACAGUGGCUCGCACUGAAGACGAGAAGCAGCAGAUCCGCCAUGAACUGGCUCAAGUCAAGGCAGAGUUUGAGCAAUACAAAAAAGAGAUGAGCUUGUCGUAUCAAAAACAAAUGAACGAGCUUGCAUCAGAGAAUAAGAAGCUGGCAGAACGAAAUCUCUCGCUGGCCAACCAACUGACCGACACAGAGUCGAUGCUCAUCAACAUGAAAAUGUCAUUUGCAGAAAGAGAAACUGAAUUUGAAGCCCUGAAACGACAGCUGAAAGAUGCUAAAAAGCUGUAG